GCCAGGGGGUGGAGGGCUGUCAUUGCAGGGGGUGAAGCGAAGUGAGUGUGUCGCGGUCGGUCGCAGUCGGUCGCCGCCGUUCGAACCGAACCGUUCGGGUUUGAAUCACCGACCGGUUUUUACAACUCGCACCGCUCUUCGAAAGACAAGAACUGCCGGAGAGGCCGACCAGGGCCAACGCAGGCCACCCUGCAAGACCCGCUUAAGCGUGCUUAUUUCGCGUUCCGUCGCUAGUGACUUAGCUGUCAAGGGUCGAGUAGGGCCGCGCAACGCGCCCCGCACGGUCCAACCAUGAUCCCCGUCAUCUUCCUCGCCCUCGUCGUGGCGGUCAAAGUGUUCAAGAAGACGACCCCCAACGGUAAAAUCACGGUCUACCUGGGGAAACGAGACUUUAUCGACCACCUCGACCAUGUGGACCCGAUCGACGGCAUCCUUGUGGUGGACAAUGAAUACCUCAAGGGUCGAAAAGUAUACGGACAGGUGACGACCACGUACCGAUAUGGUCGCGAGGAGGAUGAGGUCAUGGGGGUCAAGUUCAGCAAGGAGAUCGUGUUGGCCCGCGAACAGAUCGUGCCGAUGACGCACCACGGCGACGACAAGAUGGAGCUCACACCCGUGCAGGACAAGCUCGUCAAGAAGCUCGGGCCCAACGCGUACCCCUUCACCUUCAAGUUCCCGCCCGCCUCGCCCUGCUCCGUCACCCUGCAGCCCGGCGAGGACGACUCGAGCAAGCCCCUCGGCGUGGAGUACACAGUGAAGACGUUCGUCGGCGAGAACUCCGAGGACCGCGGUCAUAAGCGCUCCUCAGUGUCCCUCGCCAUCAAGAAGCUGCAGUACGCGCCGCCGACCCGGGGCCGCCGCCUCCCCUCCUCGCUCGUGUCCAAGGGCUUCACCUUCUCGCAGGGCAAGAUCAACCUGGAGGUGACGCUAGACAAGGAGAUCUACUAUCACGGCGAAAAGUUGGGCGCCAACGUGACCGUCAACAACAACUCCCGCAAGGCCGUAAAGAACAUCAAGGUGUACGUCGUGCAGCACUGCGAGGUGACCAUGGUCAACGCCCAGUUCUCCAGGCACGUCGCCUCCCUCGAGACGAGGGAGGGCUGCCCCAUCACGCCGGGGGCCUCCUUUACCAAGACAUUCUAUCUCGUCCCAUUGGCGUCCUCCAACAAGGACAGGCGCGGCAUCGCGCUCGACGGCUACCUCAAGGAUGACGACGUCAACCUGGCGUCCUCUACGCUGGUGGCCGAGGGCAAGGCACCGAGCGAAGCGAUGGGCAUUGUCAUCUCGUACUCGCUGCGCGUCAAGCUCAACUGCGGAACACUGGGCGGCGAGCUGCAGACGGACGUGCCCUUCAAGCUGCUGCACCCCGCGCCCGGGACCGGAGCGGGAGAGGGUGGCGAGAAGAAGUCGGCGAUGAAGAAGGGCAAGAGCCAGGAGCGCUCUCGCUACGAGAACUCGUGCUACGCGGAUGACGACGAGGACAACAUCGUGUUCGAGGACUUCGCGCGGCUGCGACUCAACGAGCCUGACGAGUAAGGGGUGCACGAGCGGCGCGUAGGCCUGGGAAGGGGGUAGGACGGACGCCGCCCGCCCCGGCCAGAGGCCUGACCAGAGGCCCCGGCCAGAGGCCCCGGCGAGCAGACCAAGCAGGUCACCAGCUCAUUCCAAACACUUCCCUGGCUGAACGCGGAGGCCGAAUUCUUCUUCUCAGAACGUGAAGUCCAAGAAGGGCUCACAGCCGCGUGGGUCCUUCCCGGCCUGGAGGCGCCAAACACACCAGAGAAUCCCCGUUCCGCUAUACUGUGCAUCUUUUGAAAAUGUAUAUCGACUUAUCAUUUGCCGAGGAAAAUAAGCGGGGGAAACUAUGGCCAUUUCUCCAGAGACACCCCUCUCACCGACUUCUUUUUCAUUUCCGUUUGUUCAUUUAAGCAAGUACACAGUCAUUAACUUUUGGUAGAAUAGGCCGCAGCGUCUUUUCUCUUUUUGCUAAACCAUGAGAGCAUGUUUCCUUUUCGACACAAGCCCCGCCAUGUUUCGAAAAUAUCUAUCUAUAAAUUUGUAGUGAUAAUAUAAUAAUAACGUGAUAAUCCGUGAGCGUGCGUCUGCGUGCAAACGCGUUUGUGUAUGUAUGUGUGUAUGUGUGCGUGUGUACUGCGUGUGUACUGCGUGUGUACUGCGUGAGCGUGAAGGUGAGCGACUGAGUCUGAAUGGCGUUGAUGGUGAUAUGAUCCUCCGCGCUCUAGAGGUCUAGCUUUGAGUCGGAGCUUUGAAUGAGGUCUAAUUUGCAUAAGCGAUCGAUGUAAUCAGCCAGUGCGAACAUUUAUAAACCUCGACUUAUACUUAAAAAAAUACUGUAAGACACGUAGGCAGGUCAACGGCAUUUUUAUCCUGCCACUGAUUUGUAUACCUGUAAGAUUCUGUUUUUUGUACCGAUUGAUGGUUCUAUGAUAGAACCUUGAUAGGACCGAUAGAAGUUGUAUCAGUCCAGUCUAUUAAUUGAUCGAACACAUUGUAAUUGUCUCCAUCGUUUUCUAUAACUUGAGCCAUGAAAUAUUUUUGCUCAAAACUUUUAUUGAAAGCCACAGAGAAUGGAAAAAUCAUGAUCAAGUUUCCUUUAGAAUGAAGUAAUGGUGUAAAAAUGGACACUACAUAAGUACUAGGCAAUCGAUAAGGGAAGGACAUUGUGAGUUAACUUGUCUGUGGCAAACCCUUUUAGAGUAAUCAAUUUUUAUAGGUUUUGUCAAAAAAAAUCCAUCCAUACUUCUCGGAGAAACAAAAUUUAACAUAUAAAAUAACCUGAAUGAGUAUCAGAAAGUAACUGGAAGGAGCGCUUUUGCGCAAAUCGCCCUGUAUAAUUACUGUAUCUUCAUCUACGAUCUAUGAUCUAUGUUCAUCAACUCAAUACUUUGUAAAAAUAUUUCGUGCCAAUAAAAAGCAUUUCCAUCACAACACA